AUGGAGUCUGAAACGCCUAUCGAUAUUGCAUCCACGCUGCAAGGCGCUUCCAUCAACCGCCACCCAUCCGUCAAGCACGAUGUCAAUCCAUCUACUGCUGCCUCUGAGAAGCGGCCCGUUACUCUCAAUACACAUGCCGACCUCGAUGACGACCACUCCGAUCUCGGCGAAGAUGAGAUCCCCGUCAGUGUCUUGGAUCCAGUACCACGCAAGCAGAACAUGCCACCGCUGCCCGACCUACGAUUCGAACAGAGCUACUUGAAGAGCAUCGACCAUGCUCAAGGAUGGCAGGGCGUUGCAUGGAUUACAUUUCGAGACCAGGUACUCAUGUGCUUCGCGCAAGGUGUGCUAUGGACCCUCCUGCUCAACGGCUGGAGACACUGGAAUCGAUCCGCAAAAUUCAGUGGCCAUGGUGUUGGCGCGAGAAUAAGGAGAUGGUGGUGGGGCGUAAACAAAUGGUCGAUACCGAAUGCAAAGGCACGGCUGGGCGACACCAAAUUGGCGAAGAACAUUUCCGAAUACUAUCAAGGAGAAUUUUCGAGCGCUGCGCAAGAUUAA